GUCAGGGAGGGGCGGGGCCACAGACAGAGGGAGAGGAACCUGUUUCAGUGAUUUGGACUCGCCCCUUCAGGAGUACAAGAGAAAAAACACACAAAGAGCAGGAUGGUUGGAUCUGACUUCUGCUGCCGGGAAUUCAUGAUUGGGUGCGACCUUUGACCCCUUCCCUUCACUGUCACCUGCCCAACUGUCUGAGAGGGGCGGGGCCUGAGGAGCACAGGACUGUCACCAUGGCAACCACCUCCUCCCAGAUUGGCCCAGGUCUGGGUCUGGUUCUGGUGGAGUUUCAGUAUGAGUACCAGGGUCGGGACGGCGCUCUGGUCUCCAUCAGACCCAACGAACGCUACGUCCUGCUGGCUAAGACCAACGACCACUGGUGGCAGGUCCGGAGGGACCGUAACUCCAAGCCCUUCUACAUCCCUGCCAAAUACGUCAAGGAGCUGCCACUGGACCUCCCCUUGCCUCUGGACUUUGAUCCGCCCAGUCCUGAACCGGUGCUGCUUCCUGCUGCGGCGCCUGUCCCCGUCCCUGUCCCUGUCCCUGUCCCCGUCCCUGUUCCAAAGACUCUGGAGGAGCCCAGAACCAAAUCAGGGGACGAGGUGAUGAUACGUGUUAGACCUGAUGCUUCCACUGGAUACCGCAAGACCGAGAACCGCAUGUCCACAUUUGGUGUCCCGCUGGACUUUAAUGACCUGUCAUCUGCGGUGACACCGGCACCGCGACAUCCCAGCAACCCUCCUGCUGGUCCCACAGAACCCGGGACCACAGCAGCCAGUGGGACUACAAACAUGGCCGACGAUGCUAUGAGCAAAAAGCACUGGGCAGGGUUCCUGGACGACCACAGGGAGUCCGACAAAGCUCGAGUUCCCAGUUUCAGUCCUGCAGACCCCAUCUCCACUCCCCGCCCCCACACCCAGCCCAUACCCGUGGAGACACCGGUGGUCCCUGUGAUCCCUCCCCACAACGACCACCACAGCACGUCCUCGCCAUCCACGGGUCGCCAUGACCACCAGGAGUCCUCGAUAGAGCCUGAGGAGGAGGAGGUGGCGGAGGAGGAGACGAGCGAAGAGGAGAGCAGUGGCGAGAAGGAAUCAGUAAAGGAGGAAGAGUCAAACCACAUCUACGAGUCUAUUCAGGACCUGAACCUGGACCUGAAGGCUCUGACGGGAGGAAGAGUGAGUCCUGGAGCACCGUCUGAGCCUGCACCUGCCCCACCCCCCACACAGGACCUCAGCGUGGUCACCACAACCUCGCCGAUCUACGCUAACGUCUCGUCUCUGAAGAAACCGGCCGUCCCUCAGAUAUCUGUCUCUGGCCCCGCCCUCCCCUCAUCACCUCCUCCUGACCACAUCCCCAUCACCACAGACCACACCCCCUCCUCUUCAGUCUCCUCCUCUGGGAUGAUAAGCCCCGCCUCCCCCAUCAGCCCACAAGACGGCUGGCAGGUGCACACCGACCAGGACAGUGGGAAGGUCUUUUAUUUCCAUCCUGUAACCAGACAGACCACCUGGUCCGACCCCCGUGGCGCCCCGUCCACCGGGGACACGUCCACAGGGAGCGAGGGGGGGCAGCUGAUGUCCCCCUCCCCCGUGCUGUCCCCCGCCUCCUCUCAGGGUUCCUGCGGCUGGGAGCAGCUGGUCGACGAAGUCUCAGGGAGGUUUUACUACUACAACCCCGUCUCAGGCGCCACGUCAUGGGUUGCGCCAGAGCCGCUCUCCCCCUCCUCACCCACCCCCCUCCCAGGAUCCACGGCCAGCAGCAGGCACGACGCUGGCCCGCCGCCGCUGCCUGAGGAAGACUAUCCUGUCGACACACACAACGAGAACAACGACGUCUUCACAACAAAUCCUCAGCAGCACGUGGGCGGGAUCCCCAGAGCUCAGCUUCAGGAGCUGCCGUCUUUACCCCAGAGGCUGAUGGGAAAUGGAGUUUCUGAGGAGGGAACGGUGCAGGUCAGGAACUGGAGACACAGCGUGGCCGAAGACACUUUUGCUCACAGCCACAGGAGGAACGUGUCUGACUUCCCUGAUGUGUCCAACAGACACUCACCUGACAGUCCACAGCUCUCUGACAGACACCCCCUGAAGAGAAACCUGUCCGACCGGAGCACAGGCUCGCACCAGCUGCACUGCCAUCUGCUGGAGAAAGCAGGAAUCGUCAAUAAGACCAAAGUAGUGGAUAACGGUAAAAAGAUCAGGAAGAACUGGAGUCAGUCCUGGACCGUCCUCCACGGCGGCAUCCUCACCUUUCACAAAGACCCCAAAUCUGCUCCCUCUGGGAACGCUAGUAAAUCCUCACAGAUUGUUCCUGAAUACACCGUCGAGCUGAGAGGAGCCUCCGUGGACUGGGCCGCCAAAGACAAGUCCUCCAAGAAGAACGUUCUAGAGCUGAAGACUCGUCAGGGCUGCGAGUACCUGAUGCAGUACGACAUUGAGAACAUCAUCAGUGAUUGGCUUAAAGUGAUGCAGGACACCAUCAGACAGCUGGAACUGGACGAAGACGACGAGGACGACGCUGCUUCAGACAAAGAGGACAAAGACAGGAAAAGGACAUCGACCAGGAAUUCAUCAGGAUCAGCUGACUCUGAGCAGAGACGAGUUCGGACCAAACUACGACGUUUCCUCCAGCGCCGGCCGACGCUGCAGAGUGUUAAAGAGAAGGGCUACAUCAGAGACAACGUGUUCGGCUGUCACCUGGACACACUGUGUCACAGAGAGAACGCCACCAUCCCAAAGUUUGUAGAGAAGUGUAUCAGAGCGGUGGAGAGGAGAGGUCUGGACGUGGACGGGAUCUACAGAGUGAGUGGAAACCUGGCUGUGAUCCAGAAACUACGACACAAAGCUGAUCAUGAGGAGCAGUUGGACCUGGAGGACGGACAGUGGGAGGAGAUCCACGUGAUCACCGGAGCACUGAAGCUUUUCCUGCGGGAGCUUCCAGAGCCGCUGUUUCCCUUCAGCUGCUUCGACAAGUUCAUCGCCGCCAUCCAAGUUCCAGACUACAGCCUGAGAGUCUCCUACAUGAAGGACCUGGUUCGUUCUCUGCCUCUGCCGAACCACGACACCAUGGAGCUGCUGUUCAGACACCUGCGCAGGGUGAUCGAGAACAAGGACGCCAACAGGAUGUCAGUUCAGAGCGUCGCCAUCGUCUUCGGCCCCACGUUGCUCCGCCCACAGACCGAGUCAGCCAAUAUGACGAUCCACAUGGUGUUCCAGAGCCAGAUAGUGGAGCUCAUGCUCAACGAGUUCCAGACUAUCUUCUCCCAGAGCUAGGAGGAACUUCCUGUGGAACCUUCAGAACCCUCUGAGAACCUCAUGGAGUUCUCCCAAACAUCACCACACUCGCCACACAUCUUCCACUGUGUCAGAGAACCUUCUAGAACCGACCAUCACCUCCUCUCAGACCAAAGUUCACUGAGGACUGAACCUGGAACCUGCCCCCCAUUACCACUGUGCCUCCAAUGAGCCACGUAGAACCAGAGUGGGACCACCUAGAACGAUGGAAUGGUUUGACAGCAGCUUUUCUCUCUUUUUUUUUCAACAAACCAAAUAGAACAUAUUUCCUUGGCUUAUUAAAACCCAAAGACCUUUUUGAGCAAGAACUCUUCACACAAAAUCAAGAUCCCUCUAGAACCUUUAAAGAUCUUUGGAACCAAACAGCUUCAAUGUCUGAAUCAAAGAACUUCAACAGACACUCAAGUUCCACAGACACUGUGCACGAAAUGAUCCUCGUAGAACCAGAGUGGAACCACCUAAAAACCUGAACUGGUUUAGAAACCUUAAACGUGGGUCAUGUUUCAACAGAAGAUAUGGACAAAACACUUUUAUGGCAACUUCAAACCCCAAAUUUACCACUUUGAUUAAUAAUACUUUUUUAAAUGCAUGGUCAUCAAAGUUCCUGGGAACUAAACCUGGAACCUUCAUUAAACACUGGGCUCUGAAGAAUCCAGGAAGAACCAGAGUGGAACUAUGUAGAACUCAGUCUGAAAACUUCACUACUUCAUCAAGGAAACCGACCAAACAGAGACACGAAAAAAACAAAUUUAUCCCUUUGUGGAAAAAUGUUCCAACAAGUUCAUCUGGAACCUUUAAAGAACUCUUAAAGAACUCUGGAACCAAACAUCCUCUCCUCCUUUCUACAAUCUGUGGACAUAUAAAUUAAUGGAGUGUGUAACAUGGAACCUGUUGAGUAUAUAAUUCUCUCAUCAGCAGACCACCAAACCAUGUUAUACUCUGAGUGGAUCCACCUAGAACCCUGGACCGGUUCUGAAACCUUAACCACAUCCUCACUUUGCUUUCAAGACAACAGACCAAACCAAACACACCAACUCUGCACCUGAAUAAAACCCCAAACCCAACGUCACACCGAGAGUGAGAACUAUUCACACAGGUCUCAGGUCAUUUUGGAACCUUGUAGAACUCUGGAACCAAACAUCCUUUUUUUCUUUGUUUUUCACUAAUUCUUGUGGACGUUAAAGUUCACAGGAUUAAACCUGCAGUCUGUUGGCUGAACGGCACGUCUGUCUCACCACCAAACCGCAGAGCCUUAAACGACCCCGGUGGAACCACCUAGAACCCUGGACUGGUUCUAAGAGGAGAGAGUUCUUGUGUCUGAAGACAAACUGGAGUAGGGCAACCGAUCUUCAGACCAACUUAAACACAUAAAAUAUCUUUGAACCUUCAGAGACUCCAGCUGACGGCCAAUCAGCUUGUCCGUUCUGCUCCUGCUGAGAGGAAAUAAGUCUCCACAGCAGCAGACGGCGGUCGUCUGUAUUCAUCAACAGGAAGAGCAUCUUGAUGCUAGUUAGCCAGUUAGCACAUGAACAACACAAUCAGAGCAUAUUUACCAUGCGCCAGUGAACAAUAACACAAACCAUCAGGAAACGUUUCUGCUGAAGAGAAAAAUAAUCUGACCUCAUGGAACAAGUUGGUUUUGGACUUUAGCUCCUCCUUUACUCACUGACGCUCCUCUGCUCCUCACCUGAGCUCAGCCGACAGUCAGAGGGAGGUCAUUCACUGAUGGGCUCUGAUGUUGAUUCAACAUGCUGAAUCAGCCCCCCAAAAAAGAGUCAGUGGGGACUGAUGAGGGACACACCACAAAGACUGAGUGAGACACUCACCAUCGGCCGCCUGUUGACUUAAAACUGCCCACCUAAACAUGAGACUGUUCCCAUUCAGACGUGACACCUCAACAGAAGAAUGAGGGAACAUGGGAUCUUUUUACGGUUCCCAAACAAAUUAAAAAUGUAAAGUCCA